AUGUCGGAUGAGGAGUUGGAGCAGCUCGAUGCGCUGGUCAGGGAGGUUAGGAAGAGCACAGACACCCCAGCUCACCGAGGGCCGCUGUCGACCAAGUUUGCGAGACUAGCACGCAGUCUGAAGCUUUCCAAACAACACAAGCAUCAGGUGGCUGUGAGAGUACGCAGCUUGAUUGAGAGAUACAAUGGGCGGCACGCCAAAACGUCAGAAGAUCUCAUCAAUCUUGAUGAACGCAAGCGGCCAAUCCAGAAGGGCAAAGGUAAGUACAAACAGUGGUUGCCCGCAGCUCUUCUCAGAGUUUGCUGGGGCGUGAGACCAGAGCGCAGACCCAGGAGGAAGCGCGUGCCAACCGCGAGGCUGCGCAAAAAGAGCAGUGUUUCGGCUGCCAGCCAGAAGCGAGCUCCUCCUGCUGUGGCGGUUGCUUCCCUUCGCGAGACAGCCCGGCAGAACCAGUCUAGCACAACACACGUGGCCCGGAUCCGACAUGCGAUGUCAGAACUUUUCAUGCGUGUUCAGGAGCAGGAACUCAACAUGUUGCCGCGUGUUCAGGAGCAGUGCAUAGAGAUUGCAUUUGACGAGACCCAGGAGCCAGUAUCCAUGCAGACAACUGCAGAAACGGCUCAAGUCAUGGUGCUUCACAUGAAGUUUUUUCGGCUGCCAGCCCGGGGCGCAAAACUUCACGUGUUCAGAGUGGUGUUGCCCACCGUGGUGCUGCCAGGCACGACCACUGCCGACCUCCUCGGUGGCUUGUUGGCACGCGUCCCCGUAGCUUUGGAGCAGCUCAAAGCCGUCGCUGAUAGAACCACCUUCUUGUUGAAAACUGACAGUUUCGGCAGCUGCCUAAAGUUGGUGAAGUGUUUGCAAACAAGUCAUGCCUGCCUGAGCUGUCCGUGCCGUAUGCACCAGUUGUGCUUGUCAAUGACGGCAAGCAUUGCUCAAUCCGGCUUGAUGGCAUCCUUGUUUUGCAGUGCGCUGCUGCUGCGGAGGUCACGCUUGCAGAAAACGCUCCGUGCCAGACUGAAGCGCUUGGUGUUUGAGAAACUCCGCAUCGAGUACGAGCCGCCCAGCUCUUCGGCUGUCAGCCAUGCCAGAGCAGUGUGGGACUUGAUUUGGCCUUUGAUUCAAGCGUGGCACGACAAGGACAAGCGCGUCACCACUCCAAGAGCCCAGGCAUGGCGCAGGCUGCGCGAAAACCUUUGUGGCCCCUUGGAUGACACGACCAGUGUGGUGCAUUACUGUCCAUAUGGAUGUCACCACUCCAGGGAUGAGGCGGCUUCAGAGAUCUUUGAGGACUUGUGCGUUGUCUUCCUGGACUCCCCGCCUGUGGUGCCGGCUCUGAACAAGUGGACAAAGCUCGCCCCGCCGGUGAUGUGGUUUUCUUGCUUCCUGCAGGUUCAUGGUUUGCUCGCCCAGUGCUUGCAGCCGAUGAUAGAUGCAAAUGCUGCAAACGUGUCGCUACCGGUGCUGUGUGGGGAUGAGGAGAUCGAGCAAGACACAGAGGAGCAAGGGUGCGGUUUCGGAAACUUCGAAAAGGAAGAGGCCGCAAGGUUUCGGAAGUUUGCUCGGUUUGCCACCUGCCCAGAAGUAGGGCCCAAACUGGCGGCGACGCUGCUCUCAUUGCUCCCAGGUCUAUCUAUCAUGGGAAAAUUCUUCGACUCUGCGGAGGAGUGUGCUGACCCAAGCACAAGUCAUGCAGCAACCACCCUGAGUUUCACUCAGGCUUCGCAGUCGCCUGCUGUCAGCACGAUUGAAGUUUUGCUGUCUGCCUUGUCCUCUGAACAGAGCUCGCACUGGCUGUCACUGUGCCUUCCGGGUUCUGCAGGCUGGGAUGCCAGAAGGUUCCAAUGUGCAGCAACACCAGCAUGGGUGCAGGUUGGCCAGUUGUACUCCAGGUUGGUGAUGCCUUUCAGUGCAUGGCCUUUCAAGGCAGGCCGCAUGCUGGACCCAGGCGUCUCCCGCCAAACGCAAGAGGCCUUGGCGAAGGAGUUGUUGGGGUUGUGCGAGCACCGCGACCCGUACAUUUCCUUCAUGAAGCAAGGCUUGGAGGAGGUCGACGACGUGCUGUCCCCUGACAACUUACUGCGAAUGAAGCACCUUCUGGAGGUUGCUCCUGUGACAAACAUUGUGAGCAAAAAGUCAUUCGCAGGUUCCCACACCCGCCGAAUGGCGGAUCACGGUCAAAGUCCGAAGUUGCCAACGCUGGCUGCGCAACAUGUGUUGGCCCAGAGCAAAAGUAUUUUGGACAGCGAGGUUUGUAGGCAGACUUCCGGCUGUCAGUCAGCAGUUUCGGCUGUCAGCCAUGAAACGGCAGAAGCAGGGACCAAGACCAACAGCAACGGCUGGUCUGAGUUCCUGCGCGCCAACCAUGCAACUGGUCAGAGCAUGCGGUCGUUAGCCGACAAGUGGGGGGCGCUCAGCCGUGACGAGAAGGCUACGUUCACUGCUGCAGCCAAGACGCGGCGACUGCCAGCCUCACCGCAGCUGGCGCCGCCGCCACAGCUGGCGCCGCCAGCCAGCGCAGCAGGCGUUGCCCAGAAGACCUCCUGCUUCUACUAG